ACCUUUCCUCAAACCAGCAGAAACAGCUAACAGUGCUUACCUUACCUUUUCAAUGGCAUUAAGUGACUCAGCUCCUCUUGCUAACAUCAUUUUCUCUUCUGUUACAGGGCUCUUUUGUAGAACUAUCUCUUGGAAUGAUAUUUUCAUAAUGAGUCAACAAGGUUAUGUGGCGACACCCCCCUAUUCUCAGUCUCAGUCUGGGAUGGGCCUUUCUGCACCGCAUUAUGGCCACUAUGGGGACCCAUCUCACACAGGCGCUCCACCAGGUAUGAUGAAGCCAGCAGGGCCUUUGGGGGCUGCACCCGGGGGCAUGUUGCCUCAGGGCCCCCCACCUCCUGGGUCCCAUCAAUUUGGCCAGAAUGGAGCUCAUGCCCAGGGUCAUCCUCCCCAAAGAUUUCCAGGUCCUCCACCUGUCAACAGUGGGGCACCCUCCUAUGCCCCAUAUUCACCCGCUACACAGUCAUCAUAUCCAAGUCCUGCGUCCACUUCAUCCAUCUCCCAGCUGGGCAGCCAGCUCAACACCAUGCACAUCAGCAGCUAUGGUUCGGGCAUGGCUCCUCCCGGCCAGGGGCCCCCAGGCUCCCUGUCUGCACCUUCGUGCCAGGGUCCUCCACGCCCUCCACAGCCAUCUAUUUUGCAGCCUGGGUCUCAGAUUCUCCCACCACCUCCCACUGCACUAAACGGCCCUGGUGUACCACCCUUGCCUCCUAAUCCCCAGCUGCAGCCUCCGCCUCUUCCAGGACAGACCCUGGGCACCGGAUACCCACCACAGCAGGCCAACUAUGGCCCCCAGAUGCCUGGUGCGCAGCUCGGGUACCCAGGAGGCUUCCCCGGAGGGCCUGCGCAGAUGACUGGUCCACCCCCACCCCAGAGGAAGCUGGAUCCUGACUCUGUGCCCAGCCCAAUCCAGGUGAUUGAGAAUGACCGAGCCACCAGAGGGGGACAGGUCUAUGCCACCAGCACCAGAGGCCAGGUCCCUCCCCUGGUCACCACAGACUGCGUGGUACAAGAUCAAGGCAAUGCCAGUCCUCGGUACAUCCGCUGCACAACAUACUGUUUCCCUUGCACGUCAGACAUGGCCAAGCAGGCUCAGAUCCCCUUAGCCGCUGUCAUCACGCCCUUCGCCACAGUUCCUUCAAACGAGACUCCCCUUUACCUGGUGAACCACGGAGAGACUGGCCCAGUGAGGUGCAACCGCUGCAAAGCCUACAUGUGCCCCUUCAUGCAAUUCAUUGAGGGUGGCAGGCGCUUCCAGUGUGGGUUCUGCAGCUGCGUGAAUGAAGUCCCGCCAUCCUAUUUCCAACAUCUGGACCACGUUGGCAGAAGACUGGACCACUACGAGAAGCCGGAGCUGUCUCUAGGAUCUUACGAGUACGUUGCUACUUUGGAUUACUGCAGAAACAAUAAGCCUCCCAACCCACCAGCCUUCAUCUUCAUGAUCGACGUUUCCUACAGUAACAUCAAGAGUGGGCUCGUGAGGCUCAUCUGUGAAGAACUGAAGACUGUGCUGGACAGACUGCCCAAGGAAGAGCAAGAAGAGACUUCUGCGGUUCGUGUUGGGUUCAUCACCUAUAACAAAGUCCUCCAUUUCUUUAAUGUCAAGAGUAAUUUGGCGCAGCCUCAGAUGAUGGUGGUGACCGACGUGGGCGAGGUCUUUGUCCCUUUGUUGGAUGGGUUUCUUGUCAACUAUCAAGAGUCCCAGUCUGUGAUUCACAAUUUAUUGGACCAGAUCCCGGAGAUGUUCGCCGACUCUAAUGAGAAUGAGACCGUCUUUGCACCUGUCAUUCAGGCCGGCAUGGAAGCCCUGAAGGCUGCAGACUGUCCCGGAAAGCUGUUCCUCUUCCACUCCUCCCUGCCCACAGCGGAAGCCCCUGGGAAGCUCAGGAACAGGGAUGAUAAGAAGCUGAUCAACACAGACAAAGAGAAGAUCCUUUUCCAGCCCCAAACCAAUGUUUACGACUCGCUGGCCAGGGACUGCGUGUCCCACGGCUGCUGUGUGACACUCUUCCUCUUUCCCAGCCAGUACGUGGACGUGGCCUCCUUGGGCCUCGUGCCCCAGCUCACAGGAGGAACUCUUUACAAAUACAACAACUUCCAGAUGCACUUGGAUAGCCAACAAUUUUUGAAUGACCUCAGAAAUGAUAUUGAAAAGAAAAUAGGAUUUGAUGCUAUAAUGAGGGUCCGAACCAGCACAGGUUUCAGAGCCACUGACUUCUUUGGUGGGAUUAUUAUGAACAACACCACCGAUGUGGAGAUGGCAGCCAUCGACUGUGACAAGGCGGUGACGGUGGAGUUCAAGCACGAUGACAAGCUCGGUGAAGACAGCGGGGCCCUGAUCCAGUGUGCUGUGCUCUACACCACCAUUGGGGGGCAGAGGAGACUGCGCAUUCACAACCUGGCCCUGAGCUGCAGCUCUCAGCUAGCCGACCUCUACAAGAGCUGCGAGACAGACGCUCUCAUCAACUUCUUCGCCAAGUCAGCUUUUAAAGCAGUUCUGCAUCAACCCUUGAAGCUCAUCCGGGAGAUUCUAGUGAACCAGACCUCUCACAUGCUGGCCUGCUACCGGAAGAACUGUGCAAGCCCAUCCGCAGCCAGCCAGCUCAUUUUGCCGGAUUCCAUGAAAGUCCUUCCAGUGUACAUGAACUCUUUGUUGAAAAACUGUGUGCUGCUCAGCAGACCCGAGAUCCCGACAGACGAGCGGGCGUACCAGAGACAGCUGGUCAUGACCAUGGGUGUGGCUGACUCGCAGCUCUUCUUCUACCCGCAGCUCCUGCCCAUACACACGGUAGAUGUCAAGAGCACAGCAGUGCCUGCCGCCAUUCGCUGCUCUGAGUCCCGUCUUUCAGAAGAAGGAAUCUUCCUCCUCUCUAAUGGUCUGAACAUGUUCCUGUGGUUGGGAGUCAGCAGCCCACCAGAACUCAUCCAGGGAAUAUUCAGCGUGCCGUCUCUGGCACAUGUCAACACCGAUAUGACAGUGCUGCCGGAGGUGGGAACCCCUUACUCUCAAACACUCAGGACGAUCAUGGGCAUCCUCCAGCAUAAGAGGCCGUACUCAAUGAAGCUCGUGAUUGUGAAGCAGCGAGAACAGCCGGAGAUGGCUUUCCGGCAGCUCCUGGUGGAGGACAAGGGGCUGGACGGAGGGCCGUCCUACGUGGACUUCCUGUGCUGCGUGCACAAGGGCGUCUGCCAGCUGCUGAACUGAUGCCUUCUCUGCGGCACGUGCUGGUUGCUAAGGAGACCCUCUCUUCGUGGUGCCUAAUUUUCCAGGUGAUAGAUAGCAGGCUGCUUUUGAUUUCUUGCUCAUUUUCAGAAAAGCUUUCCAGGCCGGCCUUUAGAUCGCCAGCUUUGGUGCUCAGGUGUGACGCCAGUGGAGGGGCCACUGCACCUUACAGGGGACCAUCUGCUUCUCAUCCCACUCGUGCGACUGUUCAAGCGGACAGUCCCGUUUCACGGAUGCACAGUUUACAGAACUGCAAACACCCUGACGUUCUCUCCAUGCUAGGCAUAUAAAUUAUUUUUCAAAAUGUAUAGACUCGGGUAAAAACUUUUCUCGGUUCAUCUCCCAUUUGUAGUGAGGGAGAAAAACGUAAUUUUUUUCAUUAUAUUUUUUAAAAUCAUGUAACCCCACUGAACAUUUUUCAACUUGAGGUUUGCAUAGCAGACUUUUAAUGACCUUGGAAUCUAUUUGGUAGAACAAUUUGUGUUCUACAUUUUUUCAUAAUUAUAGGUUGUAUAUGGUACAAUUUGUCUAUACAGCUGUCUUUAUCAAUACUCUUAGUGGUUCUCUGUACAAUUCUGAAGGUUUCUGCCUGCAUAUAAUGGGUCUCAGCCAGCACCAGUAAACCCCUUCACAUGCUCUUGCUCAGCUGGUAGACUCAGGCUUAGGUGUUCCGAGGUCGAGGGCCCAGAAAGGCACCACCUUCGCUCUGGACGUCCACCCAAGUGACACAGGGAAUCGUUAAGGGGUAUGUGCAUUUUUCUAAUGUUCGGUCAGAUGGAAACAUAUUUCUCAUGUAUUAAUAAAACAAUAAAGAUAAAAAUUCAAA